ACGCAAGAAAAAUUCCUCUGGACACAAUUUUGUGCGUUGCAUCUCAAUAAUUUAUUUGGAUUUAAUGAAGCGAGUUAAAUUGAAAAAGGGAAAUAAUUAGGGGAUGGAGGUGCAGUUAAAUUAAAAAUGAGAAGAGUUGAGAGCAGAUACGAUUUGAUGGCUCGUAGUGUAUCGUACAUUACUGGGUCGCAGCUUCUCUCUCUCAGACGCCAUCCAAGCAUCGCCAUCGUUGAUGUCAGGGACGAUGAGAGGAGUUACGACGGCCACAUAUCCGGCUCUCUUCAUUACGCAAGCGACUCUUUCUCCGAUAACAUCUCAAAUCUCAUUCAAGCAGUUAAAGGCAAAGACACUCUCGUCUUCCACUGCGCUCUAAGUCAGGUUCGUGGCCCAACUUGUGCUAGGAGGCUCGUCAAUUAUCUUGAGGAGAACAAGGAAGAUACUGGGAUAAAGAACAUUAUGGUCUUGGAACGUGGCUUCAAUGGGUGGGAAGCUUCUGGUAGACCUGUUUGCCGCUGCACUAACAUUCCUUGCAAAGGAGAGUGAGAGCCUUGGUCAAAGACGUCUUUGUGGUUGGAUGGAAUCACGGAGGCAUAUCGUCUAUCUUAUAUAUGCACACAUUUGUAUACAAAAUGUCUAAAGCAGUAGGAUGACCACUAUGAUUCCAUCAUUAUAUCUAGGUAAAACCCAAGAUGUCAUAGAUAAACUAAAUACUGUGUUUCUGUUUUGGCCAUCACUUAAUAAUGUUGUAAGAAAUCCUUCGAUGGAGACCGCCUAGAAUAACAAAGGUACUCUUUUUUUCUUUCUGAUCUUUCCGUAUGUAUUACAUAACACAAUUUGAUCAAAUAUGGUUGAGGUUCUGCUUUGACUA